AGAAACAAAUAAUCCAUUAUUUACAUAGAAGAAGGCUACACUUUAAUGGAUUAAAUAAAAUUAUUCAAAUGAAAAGUGUAUUUUAGAGAUAUAUCCAGACGUAAAAACCAAUACGAUUGUAUAAAUUAAUAAUUUUGUGUCUUAGCCGCUGUGAUCAUAAAAAUAAAAACAACUAAAUGAAAAAAUAAUAGUGUCUUACGUAUAAUGGCUUUUUUUACCUCUUAAUUGAAGUAGAGAAGAAAAAUUCUGCUAAAAAAUCACAAGCAGUUAAGAAUUUAGUUGAACCGUGCAAUGGUUUCUUAUUAUAAUCAUCCUCUUACAAUGUACCAGAAAGGCUCAAAUUUAUCAUAUUCACCUUCAACCCCAUGGUAUCCAAACUACCAUCCCUCCAACAGUCAAUUUUUACCUAAUGGAGAGUCAUCUCCACAGCAAGUUUAUUAUUCACACGUUUUUCAUCAACCCAGUCCAGAUUGGAUAACACAUGAAAAUUAUUCGCCGUCCAGUCAAAACAAUUAUUUACAACCGUCCUUUAAUUUAAUGAAUCACCACCAUGGUAUUUUGGAGCAUAAUAAUGAAGCAAUACAGAGUAUCCCGUCUCCUCCAAUAACUGUUUCAGGCAGCGAAAUAUCGAGUCCUUGCAUUCCUGCUUCAUCUUCUUCACCACAAACGCCAGCAAGACCAGCUGCAACGAAAAGUCCCUACGAAUGGAUGAAAAAAUCAUCAUACCAACCUAACCCAGGAAAAACACGGACAAAAGAUAAAUACCGCGUUGUGUAUUCAGAUUUACAACGAUUGGAAUUGGAAAAAGAAUUUCACUAUACACGUUACAUCACGAUAAGGCGAAAAUCAGAACUGGCCCAGAAUCUUCAACUGUCUGAAAGACAAGUUAAAAUUUGGUUUCAAAACCGCAGAGCAAAGGACAGAAAGCAAAAGAAGAAAAUGGAUGUACCGUCAAACAAUUCUUUAACUAAUCAAACACCUGCAAUGUCAAAACUGUUAGAUCCUCACCCAAAAUUGGAUUCAAUGCAUUUACAUUUGCAUCAUCAAAUAAGCUCUGGUUUUCCUCACAAUUUGCAUUCGCACCACAAUUAGAGAAUAGUCCAUUUUAAACCCAUUUAUCAUAGUAUUGUAAAAAUUAAUGCACAUGUCACAUAUAAGUUUUAAAAUAAAAC